CGCGAAACCGCGACCACGAGUCAGUCUGUGCGCGGCGGCCCCGUCUCCAAGAUCAUGUCGCUCCGGCCCCUCGUCUCCCGCGACGUCGUCCCGUGACGAUCCGAUCCUCCGUCGACGUGUUUUUGCGGUUUCCCGAUUGUGCCCGUUUUCCUUGCGCGCCUGUGUCUCUUGUGACGUCCUCCAUCCCUCUCGUCCCUGUCACGAUCCUUCGCCCCCGCUUUCUCGUAAAUUACUAUUCCCAGCAGCGUUCUUACCCCUUAGAAUUUCGUCCUAGCGUGGAAUAGUUUGGUGCAUCAGUGCACUUUAGUGCACAAAGUGGUGAACGUGACUAGUGUGUUUUCGGUAGUGUUUCUUUGCGUGAAAUGUGUGUAUCAUCUCCGAAUGACUUCGAGUGGAUUUUCAACCCGGUUUAAUUAGAUCCACUAGAGUGAUCAGUGCGUAAGCUUAUUUGGCGCUGACUCUAAGCUCAACGAGUUCCUUCCGGUGUAUAGAUGGACUAGAAGUGCGAAUCAUCCGAGUGUGAUUUUAAUUCGGCGGAUGCAGAAAGUCUUGGAUUUCGGGGUGUUGUGCGGGGGCCUCGGGGUGUGAUGUGAAGUGGCCCCUCGUUUGAUGUCUGAUGGGAGCAGGAGGCUGGUGGCGGUGGGGGCCUCGGGCUCGGGGCUGUUCCGCUCUCGCUCGCUCCCGCACCUCUUCGCCUCGGACUCGGGGGUCGGGGUCUCGGGCGUCGGGAGCUUCAGCGACGGGCACUCCGGGCACUCCCACUCCCACUCGGGCGGCGCCUCCGCCAAGCUCCCCGGCGGCCUCGUCGCCGAGCUCCGCCAGCUCCUCACCCUAAAGCAGCACUACUACCCGGAGGGCGGCUGGGGCUGGGUCGUCGUCGUCUGCGCCCUCUUCGUCCAGAUCCUCGCGCACGGGCUCCACCUCGGCGUCGGCAUGCUCGUCCUCGAGAUCACGCACAGGUUCCGCCAGGAGGCCGUACAAGCAGGAUGGCUGGGGGCCAUGUCGACGGCGGUGGCGCUGUUGCUGUCUCCGGUGACGUUGGCGUUCUGUCGGCGCAAGUCCACCCGGCUCACGGCCGUCAUGGGCGGCCUCGUCACCGCGCUCGGAUGCCUCUUCACCUCCUUCGCCACCCAGUUCCAUCAGCUCUUCUUCAGCUACGGCACCGUCAUCGGUGUUGGUGUUGGACUAACGCGUGACUGUUCGACGUUGAUGGUGGCGCAAUAUUUCAAACGACGCCGAGAAUUCGUCGAGAUUUUCAUCGUAUCUGGCAGUGGGCUUGGUAUAGCCGUAAUGUCUGCCUUCAUCAAAGGUGCCAUCAGCGCGAUCGGCUGGCGUUUGGGUCUGCAACUGGUAACGGUGACGGUGUUCCUGACGUUCUUCCUGGGGACGUGUUACCGCUCGGCGUCCCUGUACCACCCCCAGCGGCGGGCCAUCCUCCACCUCAAGAACCAGAAGCGGAAGAUCAAGGACAAGAACAAGAGGGACGACAAACCGCCCUUCUUUGAUUUCAGCACUCUCCGCAGCAAAACAGUCAGGAUCCUCCUCAUCUCGACUGGCAUCAGUGCCUUCGGCAUCAACACGCCCAUCUUCUACUUGGCACACCAAGUGGAGGAGGACGGCCUGGGGGACUCGGCGCUGCUGCUGCAGACGUACCUGGGCCUGGCGUGGGCGGUGGGGUGCGUGGCGUUCGGGGUGGUGGUGGUGCACAACUCGGUGGAGUGCCGCAUCGCGCGGCAAUACCUCUGCCAGGCGGCCGUCUUCAUGUGCGGCGUCUCCAUCCUGGCCCUGACCACCGUCCAGGGCAACAAGUACGGCUACGUCCUCUUCGUCUGGAUCUACGGCAUCUUCUGCGGCGGCUACCACUACUCCCUCAAGAUGUACACCUACGAGCGGGUCCGAGCCCGCAACUUCGCUCGCACCUGGGGCUUCGUCCAGUGCUCGCAGGCCAUACCCAUCGCCCUCGGGGUCCCUAUCUCUGGCUACAUAAAUGUGGGGUGUGGCGGAAAGACUGGUUAUUAUUUUAGUUCAACCUGCGUUAUUGUAGGAAGCUUAUCGUUAUUUUUCAUCGACUUACAUCGGCGGAGCCUGGCGCGGCAUAAACACAACGACUCGGGAGUCAAGAAACUCUGCGUCUCAGAAGCCUGUCCGCAGAGAAGACGCCUCUCUUUUACUGCCGAACCAGAGGAACUUGUCGUUGUCGAGCAACCACCAGUUGCUGGAGCCCAGUCUGGAGACAAGCCAGAGCUGACAUGUAUCUCUGAGGAAGGUAUUGCGGACAUGGAUCUGCCUGACAAUAUCCUCGACGAUCUAGAUUAUAUUGGAGACUGCAUUACCUCUUGUAAUAAAGUAGAAAAUUUCCUAAUGUUAAGUGAAUAUGAGAAUAAUUUAAUAGCCGAAAUGCCCUAUAUAAUGGACAAAAAAGGGCGGCGCUGGUCUCUGGCUAAGCAGUCAGAGGAGGACCCCACCAAAACUAAAUGGCGACGUAUUCCCGCCCCAAGCAGUAGGCUUAUUACAGUUAUAGAUGAGGCUUCUGUUUAACAGAGCCGCCAUUUGUAAAUAGUUGUUUCAGAUGUUAAAAUUAAUUGAUUAAUUUAUUCAUUUAUUUUAUUUGAUCCAGUUAUAUUUGAAUCCUGUAGGUAGGCAAUUAAUUGUUCGGCGUGAUUCAGAUGUUUUUCAUUCUUCCUUUCUCACUUCCUCUUGAGAACUUGGUUCAAGGACUGACAAAGGUGACAUGAAAAAAUUAGCUUGGAUCAAGCUUCACCUUAAGGUACUUGAAUAUUAAAACCAGUACACUUGAUACCAAUUACUUUCAUUCACACAGUGACUUAAUCAUGUAUAUUGAGAUUCUUUUUCUCUUUCCACUUAGUGGAAGGAAAGUCCUAAACUUUGCUAUUCCUUAUAAUUGAUGUGUGUAUCACAGUAUGUUAAAAACUAACACUUGUUAAAUACAGCAUUCUCUCCCUAUAACAACAACAGUUAAAACAAAAAUGGCUAUAAUUAAAGAGACAUCUGGUCCAUAUUCCGAUGUAAUUUUGUUGAUCGUCGCUUGUUAUGACGAAAAUUUCUCUAUAUCAAAAAAUCAUUCUGCUCACUGCCAAUUUGUUGAAGGGAAGGUGUAUUGUUCCUACGCUUGGGAGUAGAGGAGGAAGAAUGCCAUCAGCCAGUGACUAUUCACAACUUUUUUUUUUUGACUCCCAGUUGUUUUCUUCCUUUUUUAAAGUAAAACGGUUUUAAUGCCUAGUAUCAGUGACUUUCAAUCCAGCAAAAAUAAUUUCAAACUUUAGGAUAAUGUGAAUACGUCGCUUAUUUUUACUUUUUCCUGCCAAAGAUUAUAUACGAAGAGAGUCACCCAAAUUUGGUUUUAUGUAUUAAGGAAAACCACAAGCCAUUGUAAUUCAUAAGUUUAAGUAAAAAAAUAGUGUAUUUCGGAAAAUACACUAAAACACAUUAUUUUUAAACGUCCUGCCAAAGCGAAAAAAAAAAAAGAACUGCCAAGGAUUUUUGUAACUUUUGAUACAUAGGUACCUAAUUAUUUGGAACUUAUAAAUCUGUAAGUUAAAGUUUCACUGUCUCCCUGUUCAUGUUCCAAUCUGCUGGUACUAAUGAAAAAUCUUUCAUGAUGUAACCAUAAGAUACAGCAAGGUUUUUUUUAUCCGUAGAACGCAUUAUCUGCAAGCAUAUGUAGCGUUUUACUGAAAUGCAUGGAACAGGGUGGACUACUGCAGUGGACCGAGAUAUAAGAAAAAAAAACCCGGUUCACUGCGAUCCUCAAUGGUUUGGCCAAAAAAAAAACCCAGUGCCCUAUUUAUCGUCCGUAUUACUGUCUAUAUUACUGUCAGAAUAUUCUUAAACCUUCAAGGAAGGAAGACUGAAGCAUUUAGUUUCAAAUACUCAAGUUAAUUUUAACAUUCAUUGAAGAAUUACACGCUUAUUACGUAUCAGAAUUCUACCCUCAGCUAUCAUGGUGCACCAUGUUGUGAAAUUUGUAAGUACUGAAUACUUUUACAAUACAACCUAAUUUAAAACGAGGCCUGCAAAUAUGUUCUUGAACUGGAAAUUUAUAGUAUAAAUAAGAUCAGUAGGGUUUGUAUGGAAUUCUUAUAUCUUCCAUUAAUGGAAGAGCAUCAUUGUCCUGACAGGUGCCUAUGUCACGUUAAGGGUAUUUUUAAAUUGCAAUGGACCACUUAACAAAGUAUUUUAUUACUUGUUCACCACUAUAAAUGUGCUCUUAUUGAAAUGUCAAGUAGAACACGGUAGAUGCAUCAAAACAUUCUAAAUCCUGCCCAUAAGUGAGAAAUAUUUUGUCGUUGUCAAUUCACAUUUUCCGCUCUUUAAAAGAACCUAAGGAGUAAAACUGAGUAUUAAACUAAUUUUGGUGUAUUUUGCGAUUUCCUGUGUGGUGACUUUUUUUGUUUAGAGUCUUAAAAUGCUGUGUAUCAGAGGAAAAAGAAAAAGUGAAUGAAACCAAAAUCCAGUUAUUUGCCUGGUGUGAAGGUUGUUCUCAAUCGCUGAUUUGACGUUCGUUGAUGAUGGAUUCUUGUGAGAGGCAGGUUUAAAUUUAGUGUUUAUAAUGGAAGCUACUAGUGUUGAUUUCUAACUCAUUGGUUAGUUUUGGAAGUUUUUGAUGUGUUCAACGCGUUUUUAAAUGAAAUUUUAAUGAGGAAUCAAGUCUUUUGAAGGUCUAAUUCUUAUGUUGUCUUAAGGUCUUUUCAUUGUAACAUCUCGUUAAAAUGCACUGUGUCCAAAGAAAAUUAAAAGUACAUGCAAUGUUAUAUCAUCAACAUGGAAUUUUGAGUUAAUUUAUAAAAUAACGUGUUUUUCUCUCUUUUAAUUUAUUUAUUUUUUUUUUCUGUUAUCUCCGAUGAUUAUUUUUUAAAAACAGUAUUAUUAUGUUACGUUCUCCUUAUAUAUUAUGAUUUAAUUAAUAAAUGGCUGCCAAAAUACUGA